AUGACGAUUCGUCUCUCCAGCGAUGGAAACUCCUCGGGGAAUUCUGUAAACUCCAGCUCCGGCGGCGCAAAGAGGCCGAUGAUUUCUCUGGCAACUAUAGCAAAAUCGACGAUAAAUGAUCCUUCCGAUAAAGGAAAUACCUUUUCCUCCUAUCAAGAAGAUGACUCUCACCCAUCAAAGAUAUGGCAUUUCUCGAGGGAGAAACCACUACGUCGUUUUAAUUGCGGCGUUCAAAAACCAAUUUCUUCCGACGACGGAAACUCUGCGGUGAAUUCUUUUAACUCCGGCUCCGGCGGCGCAAAGCAGCCAAAGAUUUCUUCGCCAACUACAGGAGAAUCAACGGUGAAGGAUCCUUCCGAUAAAGGAAUUACCUCUUCCUCCUAUCACCUAUUCAAAAAAAAGAAAGCGCCUUUUACGGCGGAGAAACCACUACAUCGUUUCUAUUCCGUCGAUCAGAAUUCAACUUCUUAUGGCGACGAAAACUGA